CCUUUUUCGGGUCUCGACUGUCUUCAGCACCCGCCUCACUUCCCGUUCUGCGUUCCUUCCAAGGACUGCCCCCCCACCACAUUUUCCCUUAACGGGGGCCUGGGCGAGUGCACCACUUCCCCCAGCAGCAGCAACAACAGGACUGGCUCCCCAGCCCGCCCCUUCACACGUACUAGCAUAUGCCCCUACAUUAUCUCCUCCCCCAGCACCGGCGAACUCUCACCCGAUGGCUCAAACCUUCGCUGUGGCAGUGGCUCCCAUUCCCCUGGCCACGCCGUGCCCCCUGGUUCGCUGGCGGCCAUCCCCCACUUCCACCGCCACCACCUGCUCGGGGCGGCUGCCAUCAUCUGCGCCUCCGCCCGUGCAUCCACCGUCCACCUCCAAGCUAGCCACAGAAAUCGCACUCAAGCCAGCCACCAAUUC